AUGACCCUUUCCGCAGACACUGAUUGCAGUCAUGGCACCGCGCGACCAGAGCCCAAUGCCGCCACCUCCACCUCCCAACUCACCCGUUCUCAAACGUUGUCGGAAUUGAAAACUCGUAUCAAGGCGGGCCUCAAGACGUAUCCCGACUUUCCAAAGAAAGGCAUCCUCUUCGAAGACAUCCUCCCACUCUUCGCCUCUCACACUCUCCAUGAGGACUUGAUUCGAGCAUUUGAGCUGCAGAUUGCCGAAUCACUCGGUCCGCACAAUAUUCCUGAUGUGAUUGUCGGUCUCGACGCGAGGGGUUUCCUCAUCGGACCGACAUUAGCCUUACGAUUCGGAGCCGGGUUUGUUCCUGUCAGAAAAGCAGGUAAACUGCCGGGCGAGAUCGAAACAGCAGAGUAUCAGAAGGAAUAUGGCACCGACACCUUUGCCAUGCAGACUUCCGCCAUUCAACCUGGCCAGAAAGUCCUUGUGGUUGACGAUCUGAUCGCCACAGGCGGUUCGGCAGCUGCAGCAGGGACACUGGUCGAGAAAUGUGGAGGACAGCUGCUCGGAUAUAUCUUCAUUAUUGAACUCACAUUCCUCAACGGUCGAGACAAGCUCAAUGCUCCGGUUUUCACACUCCUCGAGAGUCAAGAAGACUGA